AUGGAGGCAGCAACAAGCACCCUGAAAGAGUGGGAGCUCCAAAACGACAUAAAGCUCAUCGACCCCACCCGCGACUCCCUCUACAACUUCGACGCCAACAGCCAGAAGGCCCUGCAGGAGAAGAAGCUAUGGAAGACCGACCCCAACCACUUCAAGAAGGUGCGCAUCAGCGCCAUCGCCCUCAUCAAGAUGGUCAUGCACGCGCGGUCGGGCGGCAACAUCGAGAUCAUGGGCCUGAUGCAGGGCUUCGUGGAGAACGGCGCGCUGGUCAUCACCGACGCCUUCCGCCUGCCGGUGGAGGGCACAGAGACCCGCGUCAACGCGCAGGACGAGGCCAACGAGUACAUGGUCGAGUUCCCGCGGCUGUGCAGAGAGCAGGGCUCGAGGCAGGAGAACCUGGUCGGCUGGUACCACAGCCACCCGGGCUACGGCUGCUGGCUGUCGGGCAUCGACGUCGGCACCCAGGCCCAGUGGCAGAAGUACAACGACCCCUUCGUCGCCGUGGUCAUCGACCCCCACCGCACCAUUGCCGCAGGCAAGGUCGAGAUCGGCGCCUUCAGGACGUACCCGGAGGACUAUAAGCCCGCCGGGAGCACGGAUUCAGAGUCCUUCCAGGCCGUACCGCUGGCCAAGGCGGAGGAUUUUGGUGCGCACGCGAGCCGGUACUACAGCCUGGAGGUGGAGACGUUCAAGAGCACGCUCGAGGCGCACCUGCUGGACCUCCUAUGGAACAAGUACUGGGUCCAGACGCUGUCGGCCAACCCCCUGAUCACGAACCGCGACUUCGGAAGCAAGCUGAUGCAAGAUCUCGGCUCCAAGGUCAAGCAGCUCAACUCCACCAUGCAGCGUAAGAGCAGGACUGGUGCGCAGAUGGGCUCGUCUAUCUUGCUGGGCUCUGAGAGGGACGGCGGCGUGGAGCAGCAUGUGGAGAAGCUCGCCCGGGACGCGAAGCAGAUCGCCGCGAAAGAGAAGACUGGUCUGAUGGCUCUGCAGGUAAAGGCGAAGCUCUUCAAUGAUCUGGGAAAUAACGCGUGA